CUCCAUUACAGCUUUCAGAUCAUUUCUAGUCUCUCUCUGAGGUUUCAAGCAUUACAAGAAGAAGAAGAAGAAGAUGAUGAAGUGCCCGAGAAAAGCUGGAGAGGUCUCUCAAGACCCUCCUCCGUAUCAUGUUCUUCACAAAUUGCCUCCUGGUGAUAGUCCUUAUGUUCGAGCCAAACACGUCCAGUUAGUUGAGAAGGAUCCAGAAGCUGCUAUAGCAUUGUUCUGGAAGGCAAUCAAUGUCGGAGACAGGGUGGAUAGUGCUCUAAAGGACAUGGCGAUAGUCAUGAAACAACAAGACAGAGCAGAAGAAGCAAUCGAAGCGAUAAUGUCUUUCAGGGAUCGCUGCUCCAAGCAGGCACAGGAAUCCUUAGAUAACGUACUACUUGACUUGUACAAGAAAUGUGGGAGAAUGGAGGAGCAAAUAGAGCUAUUGAAGCAGAAGCUUCGGAUGAUUUACCAAGGAGAAGCCUUCAAUGGUAAGCUUACCAAGACGGCGCGCUCUCAUGGAAGGAAGUUCCAGGUCACCAUCAAGCAAGAAACCUCCAGGCUACUGGGUAAUUUAGGUUGGGCCUACAUGCAUCAAGGAAACUAUGUAGCAGCAGAAGUGGUAUAUCGCAAAGCUCAAAUCAUCGACCCAGAUGCGAACAAGGCCUGUAACUUGUGCCUCUGCCUGAUCAGGCAAUCCUGGUAUGCAGAGGCACGAUCAGUUCUUGAUGAAGUGUUGCAGGGUAAACUUUCAGGAUCAGAUGAGGGCAAAUCGAAAACACGCGCUGGAGAACUGUUGUGUGAGCUAAUGCAAUGCCGACCGAUAGUUUUGUCAUCCAGUAAUUCGUUAGGUUUGAACAUAGAAGAUGCUUUUCUAGAGGGGCUUGAGCAGUUGUUGAAGCACUGGACUCCUGUAAGGUCAAGAAGACUUCCCAUCUUUGAAGAGAUUUCUCCAUAUAGGGAUCAGUUAGCUUGCUGAGCCUUAUUGUUGCUCACCUCCCCUUGAUUAUUAUGGGUAUAAAUUACAAUUACAUGAUAGAAAUCACAUAUCACUUUGAUAAAUGACUGUCUGAUACGUGAGUAAAGGUAAAUGUAUUAUCUUGGAUCGGUAUUCACCGGACUGAGAUGUCUUGAAUGAUGAUGAGAUUGUAAGCUUGUUGAGCAUAUUCUCUCAACAAUGGUCUUCUGCUGCAACUGGAAAUGGGUGACAUUGCAAACACGGUAACUGAUGGAGCACGGCUGAAGGGAGUCUUCAAGUCAAUUUCCAAUACGCUCCUUUAUUUUUAACUCAAACUUUGGUGACCAGUUCGCACAAUCAAUUAGCACAUUUGAUUGUAUAGAAACUAGGUCAUCAAACUCAAUGUACAUAUGUUAU